UAGCGGAAAAGCUGCCCUCAGUCAACAUGGCGCGGGCGGCGUCAGUCGCGUAGGGUGCCAGGUCCUUCCGGCCCGCGAGCGCUCGAGGAGCUUCGCGCGAUCUUCGGAGGCGCGCGCGCUGCAUUGUGGGAUGCCGGAGGCGAAGGCGGCGGUCGCGGUGGCUGCGUAGGACUGAGUGGCGCAGCGGCGGCGGCGGGGCCGGGGAGAUGGCUUCUUGGAGCGCGCCUUCGCCUAGCGUUGUAUAUUUUGAGGGCCGUACCUCCUAUCCGUGUGGCUAUUGCAAGAACAGCUUUGGCAGUCGCGCCCAUGGCAUGUGGGCACAUUCCAUGACAGUGCAGGAUUAUCAGGAUCUCAUAGACCGAGGAUGGAGAAGAAGUGGAAAAUAUGUGUACAAACCUGUCAUGAAUCAAACAUGCUGUCCUCAGUACACAAUAAGGUGUCAUCCUUUACAGUUUCAGCCAUCAAAAUCUCACAAGAAAGUUUUGAAAAAAAUGCUGAAAUUUCUGGCUAAAGGAGAGAUCUCGAAAGGCAAUUGUGAGGAUGAGCCCAUGGAUUCUACAAUGGAGGAUGCUGUUGAUGGUGACUUUGCAUUAAUGAACAAGUUGGAUAUAAAGUGUGAUCUUAAAACACUCAGCAGUGACCUCAAAGGAAGCAUAGAGAGUGAAGAGAAGGAGAAGGAAAAGACUUUAAAGAAAGAAGAGUCUAAAGAAUUAAUUCAUCCACAAGCUAUAGAGGAGAAGUUGGCCUCUGGUGAACCAUCACAAUCAAUCAAAGUUCAUAUUGGUCCUAAGCCAGGUAAAGGGGCUGAUUUGAGUAAGCCUCCAUGUCGAAAAGCAAAGGAAAUGAGGAAAGAAAGGAAAAGGUUAAAACUGAUGCAGCAGAACUCAGCUGGAGCCUUUGAGGGUUUCCAGGCUCAGGGUCAGCCAGUGUGCUUGUUACCCAAGGCUAAAUCCAACCAGCCCAAGUCACUUGAAGAUUUGAUUUUUGAAUCUUUACCAGAAAACUCAUCGCACAAGUUAGAGGUGAGGGUGGUAAGAUCUUCUCCACCAAGUCCUCAGUUCAAAGCCACAUUUCAGGAGUCUUACCAGGUCUAUAAACGUUACCAGAUGAUUAUUCACAAGGAUCCACCUGAUAAGCCAACCGUGAGCCAGUUUACAAGAUUCCUUUGCAACUCACCAUUGGAGGCAGAGCGCCCUGCUAAUGGACCGGAAUGUGGUUAUGGCUCUUUUCACCAGCAGUACUGGCUUGAUGGGAGGAUCAUUGCUGUGGGGGUGAUAGACAUUCUCCCGUACUGUGUGUCUUCUGUGUAUCUGUACUAUGAUCCUGAUUAUUCAUUUCUCUCUUUGGGUGUCUACUCAGCAUUAAGAGAAAUUGCUUUUACUAGACAACUGCAUGAGAAAGCAUCACAACUCAGCUAUUAUUAUAUGGGUUUCUACAUUCAUUCCUGUCCCAAGAUGAGAUACAAGGGUCAGUAUAAACCUUCUGAUUUGCUGUGUCCUGAGACAUAUGUCUGGGUACCCAUUGAGCAAUGCCUGCCUUCUCUGGACAACUCCAAGUACUGCCGUUUCAACCAGGACCCACAAGCAGAGGAUGAAGGGCGCAGCAAGGAACUUGACCGACUUCGGGUGUUUCACAGACGAUCUGCCAUGUCUUAUGGUGUUUAUAAGAACCACCAAGAAGACCCAAGUGAGGAGGCCACUGUGCUGGAGUAUGCAAACCUCAUAGGGCAGAAGUGCUCAGAGAGGAUGCUGCUGUUCAGAGACUGAAGGCCCGCACCCAGCCCAGCCCAGCCUGGGCUCUCCUGCCACAGCCCUGCCUGCGUCUCGGCUCCUGCAGCCACUCACCAAGUACAUUCGUAGAGCUUUUUAAAAAUAUUUUGUGGAAUUGUAUUUAUGAGAAUCUUGUGGUUAAUAUAAAGAUUUUAAAAUAUUCUAUGAUCGAGUCCUUUAAUUGGGACUUGUCCUUUUGGAGUUUGCUUCUGGAGCAAAGUGUGCUAAAUGUCUCCAGUAAAUAUUUAGGGAAGGAAAAUGAAGAUCUGAAUCUAAGUAAUUUCCUCACAGUUACUGUUUUGUCCUGGAGAAAUUCUCGCACAGAGACUAUUCUCUUAGACCAGUGGUUCUUAACCUGUGCGUUUGCCAUACCCACAGGGGCCAUAUGUUAGAUAACCUGUGUAUAAGAUUCAUUACAAUUCAUAAUUGUAGCAAAAUUACAGUUAUGAAGUAGCAACAAAAUAAUUUUGUGGUGGGGGGUGUUUAUCACAACAUGAGGAAUUGUAUUAAAGGAUUGCAGUAUUAGGAAGGCAGAGAACCACUGGCUAAGACCCAUGCAAGGCGUUAGUUUAUGCUGGGAAAUUCAGGUGGGGUCAAAGGUGAAGAGCACAUUCCAUCUCCAGGAAAUGUGCCUUUCCCACAAACCAAAACUCUGUUACUCUGUUUGAUAUUAAAUUCCUCCAGUGUUGUAGUGUAUUAUUAAUAGACAAAAGGAAAUGUAAACAUUGCAAACAUCAGGUAUUCACUUUGAGUGUCUGUCCAGGAUGGUCCUGCCCAUGUCUGUUGUCUUGGCAUAACUGUUUUCCCUAUUGCUAGUGUUCCCUUGUGCCCCAGAGUUAUCUCAGUUUGGAUGAUAAAAUAUGGAGUGAUUUUAGUGGUGUUUGUUUUAUUUCUACAAAUAUAAGAAGCAACUUUUUAAAGAAAUGUAGUAACUCCUGCUUGAUCUGAGGCUUAUCCAAAGAAAAUAGGUUCCUUCUUUCCAUUCUCUGGAACUUAGAUGCUCUUUUGUGAUUAGUGAUAGCAGUGGUUAUUAACUAGUCUCACAGCUAUGCACAAGCCAUAGUGGAGAUGGUGGGGCCUAUAGCCACUGUAUUCCUCUUCUGAUUGUGGGUCAGAGAGUAGGCACUGCCAUUGGUACUUCAGAAUGGAGACCAGCCACUCACUUUCAUUCUUGUGAUGUUGGGCCUUCUGCCUGCUCACCAAAUGCCUGCUCUCAAGGAGCCAGCCAGCGGUUAGUGAGGCACAUCAGGCAUGGCAAGGAGAGGCUUCCCUCAAGUGUGCUGGAAGCUGGAUGCACAGGUUAGCUCUUUGUUUGUACUCGUUCUCAGCUGGACACGUCUGUGUUACCUGCCUGGCCUUGGACCUGCUGAGAGCACCCUGUCCUACAGUGAGGGUAGAGUUACUUUAUUUCUUUUUAUAAAAAUUAAUUUUAAUAGUAAGCAACUAAAACACUAAGAAAUUAAAAGUCAUUUGAAAUCUUCCCAGGUAUAGAGAAAGGAGCAUUAUAGAAGCCCACAAAUCUCUAGCCCACUCCAAAUAAAAUUGUGCAUUCCUUGCUAAGUAGUUACCCUCAGUGGUAACUUUGAAUGCAUCUGAGAUUGAAGAUUGUAGAAAAUGUGAUAGGUAAUCUCAGAAUUAUUAAGUAAAAUGGGAUCAGCAUAUAAGCCCUUGGCAUUGGGUAGCCAGGCAUACUAAAUCCCCCUUUUCCUCGUAGGUGGUAUAUCCAUGCUACCACAGUUUGGGGGGAGGGGUUCAGCCCAAUAUCUUACCCUAGCUCUGGGAAAAUGGCUCACUGUCCCUGUUUCUAUACUGAUGAGCCUACCCUAGGGUGGCCCCAGUGAGGCUUCAGAGCAACUUGGGCAUGAAUACUCUUCAGGUCAGUUGCAAUGUUCUCAUUUUCUCUCCCUCUCUCCCUCCCUCCCUUCCUCCCUCCCUCCCUCCAUCUAUCCCCCCAAUAUAUUUUUAACUAAUAUGAAGUCUUAGGGGUCUAGAUAUCGUCAAAGAUGUGCCCUUGGGUGGGGCUGAGGAGAUAGCCCAGUUAGUACAGUGCCUGAGUUCAGUUCUCUAGAGCCCAUGUAAAAUGCUGGGUCUGGUAGUGUGUGUUUGAAAUGCAGGCAUUGGGGUUUCAGUAGAGGAGUACCUCUUGGGCCCACUGGCCAGUGGCAUAGUCAGUGGGCAUGAAGCCAUUGAGAGACCCUGUUUAAAAGGAGGUGGACAGCAUUCAUGAGGACAUUAGGUGUUGUCCUCUAUGCAUGGGUGACAAAAAGGGACUUGCUAAUAUUUUGAGCUCUCGAGUGAGAGUGAGUGUCCAUCACAGCUAGGAUAGGACAGUCAAGAAAAGUAUCUCAACUUGGCAUUUUUGCAAAAUCUAGCUGAGGUAUUUGAUUCUAUCAGUGCUUUUCAGCUAAAGAAAGAUGUGUGAAAGGAAGCCUUUCAGGGACAGUCUGUCUUCCCCAGGCAGGAAGGUCUGUAUACUCCAUCUCCUCCUUUAGUCCCCUUCUGAGUUCAGGUAAAGUCACAGCUCCCUCCAUGCCAACAGCACAGGGGUCAUUUUGAUUCUCAGUGUACCAUCUUUAUUUAAAUUAUUUUCAGUUCUCUGAGACUUUUGUUACUUUUAUUACAGGUAAUCUGAGCACUUUUAUAUUCUAAGAUAGAAGCUAUAUUAUCAGAUGAAUAUAUUCACUCAAUUAAAAUUAUUUAGAUAAAAUUGUUUAUGUUUUCUUUCAAGCAAUCUAUCCUAUUUUUAUCCAUUUGCAAAUGCCAGUUUUGUGUGGUUUCUUAGCAUAUCAAAAUUAUUAUGUAGAAAAAUGUUUCUAGCUUUCUGAACAGCAAAUAAUUUGGUUUACAAAUAUUGUAUUAUUUCAGUGUGAAUAAAGGUGAGAGAAAAUAUGAGCAUUUAACCAAAAUGAUUCUACUGUGGCUGACUUAAAAGAAAAGAAGGAAAUGAGUGGGGACUUGACAUGUUUGAAUUGCAAGUUAUUCAGUGUAUGUUCCUCUCCUAAGGAGAACACCUGCUAGAAAGCAAAGUAGUCUGACUGCAGUGGAGAUUUUUGCUCUUGUGAAAAAAAAAGCCCAAAAUAAAAAAAAGUAGUAAAGCUGAUUGUA